UGCAACUGCUACAGACGGGCUAGUGGAACUCGGGAAGGAGGGGGGAGGCAAGCUGCUACUACUAGCUAUAAAUAGCCAACAACAGUGUACUUGUAUGUAGAGCGCUGAUGUUGACACAGCUGAAACAACAGCGUUUAUAGUAAUACUUUUAAGUCGGGAUAUUUUUGUGGAGAUUUGCCCCCUUCUUACUCAGUGAUGUUGGAAAGCAGCGUCAAGGUGCUGAAAGAAGGUCUGAUGGAGAAAAGGAGCGAUGGCUUGCUUCAGCUAUGGAAGAAGAAGCGCUGCUUUCUAACGGAAGAGGGACUUCUCCUUCACCCACCGAAACAGCACGACCACCAGCAGCACCAAAACCAUCAGCAAAUCACGGCCAGCGAGCCCGGCAAGACCAAAGAGCUGCUCUUCUCCAACAUGAAGACGGUGGAUUGCGUCGAGAGGAAGGGCAAAUACGUUUAUUUCACGGUGGUGAUGGCAGAGGGCAAAGAAAUAGAUUUUAGAUGCCCCCAAGACGAAGGCUGGAAUGCCGAAAUCACUUUGCAAAUGGUACAGUAUAAGAACAGACAGGCUAUCCUGGCAGUGAAGUCGACCAGACAAAAACAGCAGCACCUGAUAGUAGCUCACGGGCACAGCAUCAUCAAUAACUCUCUAUCGUGACGCACACAGGCAGCAAGCUGGGUCGGAGCCCCAUGAACCUCGGUUACUAACGGGGCACAUUCAGCCAGUGGAAGGAUUCAUGCAGCUUGAUUUUUGUCUUCUGUUGAUCGAUGGACUGAGAACAAGUCACCAUAGAUUCGAACUGAAAAACUGGCAAUUAAUUUGAGAUGGAAACAACAUUGUGGACUAAGACAUCCGUUUUCACAAAGCUUGUCGUUUUAUAGACUAUAAACUAAUUUAUGAGAACUACGAUUUGAAUUGCUUCACACUCAGCAUGGAACGAAACGCGACAUUGUAUUUUAAUGUAUUGUAUUUAUUAGUUACCUAUUACUCGCUGUACUAUGUAUUUGGCAUUGAAUGUAAGAACGCCGUCUGCUAAUGGAAGUCUAUUGUUCUGCUCUCGCCGAAUCCACUUGAAAGCUAUCUUUACCGAUUGGCUAAAUUUGACGGAUGAGACUAUAAAUGUAUAUGGCACUAUGGCACAAGUUUAAACCGUUAGUGUAUCAUUAAAUGUUUAAGAUAAACUAUACUAUCCUCCACCUGUUACAAGUUACCUGUAAAACAAACAGUCGUCAAAUACACAGUAGCAUUUGUGCUAAGCAAUUGCACAGUUCUUUCUCAAGACCAUGAAUGUUUAUAAUCACUAACAACAGAGCUGGUUACAAAAGCGACGUUGUUCAGAAUGAACCAAAAUGUAACGGGUAGGAAAUGCAUUGAUGUCUGUAUGAAACAAUACGAUUAACCAAAAAAAUCUGCACAUUAUUAUACAGUAACACUUCUUGCAAAAAGUUGGCCUGGUAGUUUGGAUGCGAUUUCAACAGAAAUCGCGCAGACAGGAAACCAAGCUGAAACCCUUACCAAAAAAAAAAAAAAAAAAAAAAAAAAACAACAACAAAAAAAAAACAAACAAACAAACAAACAAAAAAAACCGGUAGGCCUAUAUCUCUUUUUGAAAGGAAGUGUAUGUGUUAAUUUAAAAUACAUGAAACUCUGUUGUCCCUAUUAAGUUAGAUUCACAGUCUUUCCCGUUUGGUCCAUGGUGAAUAUUUUGGUCUCUAAACUGUGAACCGCUACUGUGAUGUAACACUUGUACACGCAUUGCAAGCACAGUGCUGUAUUCGGAUUCUUGACAGCUGUAAUAACUGUGAUGUAAUUUCGUUGUUUCCUAUGUACUGUACUUUGGCUCUGUUACGGUGUGAGAGCUAUCUUCAUACCUUUCAAAAUACAUUCCAUUUCAAAGAA